AGGGCGGAGAGUGCUAUCGUGAAGUGAGGGGAGGGAUUCAUGUAGGCAUCCGGGGGAGCCUUGUUCUGAACUAUAAGGUGGGAAGUUGAUGCUGCGUACUGCUACUCCCGGACCCCCGGCGUGAAAGUUGUGAUAUCAUCCUCGAACCGGGAGGAGCGGUAGGUGACCCCGCGGAGCGGAAGGGGGCCUCGGGGCGGCGAGGAAGCAGGAACCUCACCGACCCUGCGGGCUCUGCUAGACGGAGUCGGCGUUGGAAGCCCUUCUGCCAAGCCUCUGUGGAAAAUAUGCCUCGAAGUUAUUUAAAUUCCCUCCAUGCACCUCUCCAGCAAUUGACUUCACACCCAUCCAUCGUCUCCCGGAGUUCGAGUGGAAGGAUGUACUCCGUGCUUCACAGCGGCGCUUACACUUUGUCGAUUUAGCAAUUCUGAAAACAGACCCAUCCCUUUUUUAAAAAUUACUUUGCACGAUAUUUUCACUUUUCUGUGCGUGUGCCCGGAUUUCGUCCUCUAACGCAUUGGAAGAUCAGCUUUGAAAUUAAAAAGCAAUGGAGAAGACUCAAGAAACAGCCCAAAGAAUUCUUCUAGAACCUUACAAGUACUUACUUCAGUUACCAGGUAAACAAGUGAGAACCAAACUUUCACAGGCGUUUAAUCAUUGGCUAAAAGUUCCAGAAGACAAGCUACAGAUUAUCAUUGAAGUGACGGAAAUGUUGCAUAAUGCCAGUUUACUCAUCGAUGAUAUUGAAGACAACUCAAAACUCCGUCGUGGCUUUCCAGUGGCACACAGCAUCUAUGGAAUUCCAUCUGUCAUCAAUUCUGCCAAUUAUGUAUAUUUUCUUGGCCUAGAGAAAGUCUUAACCCUUGAUCACCCAGAUGCAGUAAAGCUUUUUACCCGCCAGCUUUUAGAACUCCAUCAGGGACAAGGCCUGGAUAUCUACUGGAGGGAUAAUUACACUUGUCCCACUGAAGAGGAAUAUAAAGCAAUGGUGCUGCAGAAGACAGGUGGACUGUUUGGAUUAGCAGUAGGUCUCAUGCAGUUGUUCUCUGAUUACAAAGAAGAUUUAAAGCCACUACUGAAUACACUUGGGCUCUUUUUCCAAAUUAGGGAUGAUUAUGCUAAUCUACACUCCAAAGAAUAUAGUGAAAACAAAAGCUUUUGUGAAGAUUUAACAGAGGGAAAGUUCUCAUUCCCUACUAUUCAUGCUAUUUGGUCGAGGCCUGAAAGCACCCAGGUGCAGAAUAUCUUGCGCCAGAGAACCGAAAAUGUAGAUGUUAAAAAAUACUGUGUACAUUAUCUUGAGAAUGUAGGUUCUUUUGAAUACACUCGGAAUACUCUUAAAGAGCUUGAAUCUAAAGCCUAUAAACAAAUCGAUGCAUGUGGUGGGAACCCUGAGCUAGUAGCUCUAGUAAAACACUUAAGUAAAAUGUUCAAAGAAGAGAAUGAAUAAUAUUAAGCCAUUCUUGAUUAGGCCUGAUAGCUUAGUUGACUUUUUUUUUUUUUUUUGUCUUUUAGCCUAUUACCUUUUUUAAAAUUUGGACCAAUCUGUUAGUCUCCAAAAACUGAGUGAUCGUGGUGAUGUGAGUGAGGCUGUUUCAAUAUUGAAUCCCUGUGUACAGAUAAUCAUAGUACCAAGUUGAAGGAAUCAAAAGGAGCCACAUUUAAAUGAGUCUAAUUUGAAUGUCAGAAUGUGCUGUGUUGGGAUGUUGUGGCCAACUCUGCCAUGCGUGUUCUGUUGAUUCUAUCAAUAAAGAAGACUUCAGCUCCAGGAAUUUUUAUCCACUUACUUCCUAACUGUACUAUAUGGGCAGUUCACAAUUCAUCUACCCCAUUUCCAAGCCAAUGACUACUUGGGACCAGUUUCUAUAGCUAGCUGGCCCGAAGACCACAGGAACUGCUCUUUCUUCCUAAAUGUCGUUGCUUAGAAUAGCUCAUUCUCCCUGGAAACUCCCUUAGUAAAGUCUUCCAUGAGAAAGCUGACAGUGACAAGCAGUAAGCAUUCUGGGCCUCUUCCUUUCUCCCAACCCAGCAAAUUCUGCUGUUUAUUUAACCAAGGAGUCUCCACUGAAUGAAAUUUACACACUAGCCCAAAUUCGUGUGUGUGUUGGGGGGGGGUACGCGGGCCUCUCACUGCUGUGGCCUCUCCCAUUGUGGAGCACAGGCUCCGGAAGUGCAGGCUCAGCGGCCAUGACUCACGGGCCCAGCUGCUCCGCAGCAUGUGGGAUCUUCCCGGACCGGGGCACGAACCUGUGUCCCCUGCAUCGACAGGCGGACUCACAACCACUGCGCCACCAGGGAAUCCCCUAGCCCAAAUUCUUUUUCCUUCUAAUGUAACUUGUGCCUCAAAACUAAUUAGUAUCUGGGUACAGCAGUAUCUUUCCAUUUGUGGCGGGGGGGGGGAAGGUACAUGGAAAAAGUAUUUUAGGAAGGAGCCUUUAAACCUUUUUAUGCUGUCUUAUCAUUAGUAGUAAAAAUCAUGAAAGAGCUGUUUGCUCACAAGUACGAAAGCUGGGGGAACUGUCCUUUUCCUUCCCACCCGCAUUGCAUCCUUAACCCCGCUAUAGGCAGUUAGUGCUUGAAUGGAAAAGGAAGUAGGCAUCUUUAAUCUAUGAUUAAAGGAAAGAAAAGUGUUAACCUGCGAGCUAGUGCCUGACUGAAAAUUAGCCAAAGGCUACACUAUCAGGCACAGUUAGCUUAAUAGUGCCUUAACCCUGACUAUCCCUUUUGUUUCAUUUUAAGCCCUCAGCCCCUGGAGCUAUCUUACCGCACGAGAGGUAUGAAAAAAGAGACCGUGAUUUCUGUAUGAGAAGUGUCACUGACAUCCCAGAAUGAAAGUUUGUACUUCUCAGUAGCAUUACAUUUUGCUUGAUUGGUUGUACAGUGUGUUAUCUUAGAUAAAACCACCGUAUUUUUGUAUGAGAAAUUCUCACCAAAGCACUCAGCCUAAAUCUCUUGAAAAGUUGGGUAUUGCCUUUACUUUGAGAAUAAUUUGAAUCUUCCUUUUUAAUUGAUCCAAGGAAACCUCUUCUGAAAAUCAUACAUAUUUGUGUUAUACUAUGGAUAUUUG